AUGUCAUUAUACUCUCAGAAUUUAUAUGGUCAGCCAUCGUAUGGCGGACCAAGUUACAGGGCUUCACCGCCCUCCUCGAACGGUUAUUACUACGCUCAGCCCCCUUCGCACCCACCAGCACCUCCUAUGUAUGAGGUUGAUGCGGCUUCCUUUCGCAGAGACUUUUCUACUCGUCUGGAACAGCUUACAUUCAACUCAAGACCAAUCAUUCAGCAACUCUCUAUGUUCGCGCAAGAUUAUGCACGAUAUGCAGAUAUAGUGGGGCAAUGUGUACGGGCACAUAUUCGAAGGGUCCCACCCUGGAUGAAGCUGCCGGCCUUUUAUCUACUCGACGCCAUUUCAAAAAACGUGUAUGAGCCCUAUGCUCGACAUUUCGCGACCUUUGUUACUAGUCUGUAUCUUGAAACCUAUAACCAGGUUGACGAUAACACCCGUGGUAAAAUGGAGGAAAUGCUCUUAACUUGGCGUACAGGGUCACCAUCAGGAAAAGAAUUGUUCGGAGCUCAGGAACAACUUGCAAUUGAGCGUGGUGUAUGGGGAAGCGGCAGCUCAUCUUCCUCGAAUGUUCAUUCUGGUCCGGGAUCUGUUAUGAAAUCGCAAGUUAUGAGCGAACUUCUUUAUGCUCUCGGUCAAAAAGAACGCGCAGUGCAAUCUAAUCCAUACGAUACAAUGUCACAGAAUCAUAUCCUUGUUCUGCAACAGCUUCGUAUGCAUGUUGAGGCAGGUGUAUCUCAAGAGGAACUUCGUCAAAUUCUCAAUCAACUACGCAACUUGGUGAAGAGCACAGCGCCGCCACCUCCCGUACCACAGCCAACUGUCCCUUCCGCCCCUUCAUGGCACUCACCACCACCGCCACCAGCCUUCCUUCCUCAGAUAUCUCAGAUUUCGCAAGUUACUCCUCCUCCUGUGUCUUAUGUUCAACCAGUCAAAAUCGAGGAGCAACCUCCCGCAUCACUCAACGUCGUCUCCCCACCGACACUCCCUGUGCCGUCUACAUCUGCGGCCCCUCCAUCUGGUAAUAUCGCAAAUAUUCUUUCUUCUCUUCUCAAGUCUGGCGUACUUUCUACCACUGGCACUCCUACAGGUGCUGGUGCAACAGCGAAGGGGGAAGAUGUUCCUGUUGAAACCCAGGAACAAGUGGAGAUUGAUGAAGCCGUUCGGGAAUAUAGAGAUAAAAUUCUUUUGGAACCCAUCAAUCUCCACUCUCUGGAAUCAACAAGACCGUCCUUAAUUGUUGAACUUUUGUACGAACAGCAAGGACUGCAAUGUAAACAAUGUGGUAUUCGAUUUCCUGACACAAAAUUGGGCAAAAGACGUCAAGACGAUCAUCUCGAUAUGCAUUUCAGGCAAAACCGCAAAGCCAGCGAUGACCUAGGUCGAGGUCACAGUCGUAGUUGGUUCACGAGCGUUGAGGACUGGAUUCAGGAUGUAUCGGGUGCUAAGAAGGGAAAGGGUCGGAUCGAUGGUUCUGGACCUCUUAACGCGAAGGCUACUGCUGCUGCUGAGACUGCUAAGCGAGAAGAAGAUUUACGUUCUCAGUUUGUUAUUGUGCCCCCUGGUGAAGAGGCUCAUAUCAUGUCCUGCCCGAUUUGUAAGGAGACUCUUAAGUCAGAAUUUUUAGAAGACGACGAAGAAUGGGUGUGGAAGAAUGCGACGAAGAAAGAUGAUAAGAUAUACCAUGCUACAUGUUAUGCGGAGGCCUUCCUUUCAACAAACAGUCUAGCCGCGAGAUUACGAAGUGAAAAGGGUCAUGGCAGUAGAUCUGCCACUCCUGAGGUUCAUCCAAUGACUAAUUCAGUUCGGGCAAUGACGCCCCCAGCUACCGUGAGGGUAUCUUCGAAAUCGCCAACGCAGUCACCGUUGUCGGAAUCUAAAGUGGCUGCUGGUACUAAACCGAGUAACUGGCGAUACUCCUCAGAACCUGCGUUUCUAGGCACAUCUAAAGAAAACGAUGAAUAUCUUCAUGCCACGCUAGCUCAGAUUGACCAUCUAGCUAACGAGGAUGUUGAGAUGCAGGCCCCCCUUUCCGAGUAUGCAACCUAUGUGGUUGUAGACACGAAUAUCCUUUUGCACCACUUCGAGGUGCUCGCGCAGUUCGUAGAUGACGUUGAAAAGUUUACCUUGCCUGUUAUUGUUAUAGUUCCCGGAGCGGUGGUGCAUGAAUUAGACGGACAGAAGAAUCGUGACGGAUUAGCGUGGUUUGCCCGUAGGGCGUCAGCGUGGUUACUUGAAAAAAUCAGGAAUAGAAAAUCCGUAAAGGGACAAGCACAAGAAGAAACAUGCAAAUCCAGUGGAAAUUGGAAAAUUAAAGAACGUGGGGAGAUAUCUAGUGGGGAAAUGUUCAACGAUGCACUGAUACUUGACUGUUGUAUGUAUUUCAGCCGCGAACGACCUACGUUGCUGUGCAGCGCCGACAACAAUCUCUGUAUUUUGAGCCAAACGCAAGGCCUUGCCACAAUCUGCCCUUCCCGUUUCUGGAGCAGUCGAGAAAUUGUGCAUACUCUCUAUGGCAACAAGGUGGACUCGUCUCUAUUUGGAGGACAUAAAGAAAGCUAUAGAAAUAAUCGAGCCACCCCACCUGUGCCGCACGAACCUGAUGAAGACAGUAUGGCCGUUGAUGACGACGAAUCCUCGAAUGGAGGAGAGUGGCAAUCGGAGCACCCAAUCAAUAUGCUACAUGCAGCCGUUGUCGACCACUUCACCCGCCUGCUUGUCGAACUCGUGGGGGCAGUGGGAGGCGAAGAAGUUCGCCAACGAAGCACGCCUGAAGAGGAAGCGACACGGUCUCGCCACGCGCCGCGACGGCGCCAUUAUUCAGAAUGGAGCGUGGCAGAGUGCGUGGAAUACCUGACCGAACGGCGAAAAGUGAAGCUAGUGAACCCCAGACCCGAGGUAUUUCUGUUGCGGGCGUAUCGACGAGGUACGCCAGGCUCGCGAACGGGAAGAGAAUGGAGCCGUCAGGACUGGAAUAUGGGGUUGAAUAACUUGAAAGAAAUCAGCGCUGCAUGGGGCGAUGUGUCUAUCCGAGAAUCACUAGUCUCCCUUGCGCCUCAUGUCGAUAACGUGUUCUCGAUGCCGCUGCGGGCGACAUGA